AUGGACCGCAAUAUCGACAUUUACGCCAGCAAGUUGGGCGACGAGAAGCUGGACAUCAAAGUCAGAGCAAAUGUCGCAACCGAAUUGCGAGACAGCAUUGAGCCGCUCUGCCAGGGCGCAAGCUACCCCGUGUUCCUGGCAAAGCUAUGGCCUGUCUUUAAGACCAUUCUGAAAGGAGACCCGGUCUUCUUCAGCAUGUCAUAUGAGCAGAAACUCCGAAACUGUAUACUUGAGACACUCCAUCGACUACCCACAGCAUCUCCAGAUGUCGAACCGUACGCCGCGGACAUGGUGGAUGUGUUGAUGGAUCUUGCGCGCAUUGAGAACGAAGAAAAUGCGGUCCUGUGCAUGAAGACCAUCAUGGAUAUGGAGCGAAAUCAGGCCAAGGCUACCGCCGCACGGGUGCAGCCUUUCCUGGAGCUCAUCCAGGAGAUGUUCCAGACCAUGGACCAGGUAGUCCGGGACACCUUCGACACUCCCAAUCAAGCGACACCAUCCGGCAUGCCUUCAACGCCGAAUACCAGCGCGCAGAAUUUCCAAUCUCCUCGCCCAAGUUCACCUGCUACCUCUGUCUCAGACUUGGGUCCUGACCAGCAGGCAAGCAACGUGAUCUUGAAGGGAAUGCAGUCAUUCAAGGUUUUGGCCGAAUGUCCAAUCAUCGUAGUUUCGAUCUUCCAAACGCAUCGUGCUUCGGUUGCUCAGAAUGUGAAGCUUUUUGUGCCGCUGAUCAAGUCGAUCUUGCUCCUGCAGGCCAAGCCACAAGAGAAGGCACACGCAGACGCCGCCAGCCAGGGCACGAUCUUCACUGGAGUUUGCAAGGAGAUCAAGAACCGCGCGGCAUUCGGGGAGUUCAUUACAGCUCAAGUGAAGACGAUGAGUUUCUUGGCAUACUUGCUUCGCCUUUAUGCUCAUCAACUUCAAGAUUUUCUUCCCACGCUGCCAUCCGUUGUUGUCCGUCUGCUCCAAGAUUGCCCUCGAGAGAAGUCUGGCGCACGAAAGGAGCUACUCGUUGCCAUCCGCCAUAUUAUCAACUUCAAUUACCGGAAGAUCUUCCUGGAGAAGAUUGACGAACUUCUCGAUGAGCGUACUCUGAUUGGUGACGGCCUCACUGUAUACGAGACUAUGCGCCCUCUGGCGUACAGCAUGCUCGCUGAUCUUAUCCACCACGUUCGAGAGUACCUCAGCCGUGAUCAAAUUCGGCGCACGGUUGAAGUCUAUACCAAGAACCUUCAUGAUGACUUCCCCGGCACAAGUUUUCAGACAAUGAGUGCCAAGCUGCUUUUGAACAUGGCGGAGAAGAUUUCAAGGCUCGAAGACAAGCGCGAAGCACGCUAUUUCUUGAUCAUGAUUUUGGAUGCGAUUGGUGACAAGUUUGCCUCUAUGAACCAUCAGUUCAACAAUGCAGUCAAGGUUUCCAAGGCGUAUAAGGACUCCCGGAAGGACACAGAACCGCCCGUCGAGAACUACCUUGCGGAGAAGGACCAACCGCCUGAUUGGGACGAAAUCGACAUUUUCUCUGCCUCACCGAUUAAGACCACCAGCCCGCGAGAUCGUGGUGGGGACCCUGUCUCGGACAACAUCUUCCUUUUUAGGAAUCUGAUCAAUGGUCUGAAGAACAUUUUCCAUCAGCUGAAGAACUGUAAUCCAGACGACGUCCAGAUUGAUUCGAAUAGUGUUCCUAUCAACUGGUCUGAAGUCUCCUAUGGAUACAAUGCUGAGGAGGUUCGGGUGAUCAAGAAGCUCUUCCACGAGGGUGCCCGUGUGUUCCGCUACUAUGGUGUGGACCAGUCACCCCCUGAGAUGAACUACUCCUCUCCAUUCGAUUUCCUCGCUAGCCAAUACACCGCGCCCAUGACACGAGAAGAGAAAGAGCUCCUGGAGAGCUUUGGCACUGUCUUCCACUGCAUUGAUACCGCGACGUUCCACGAGGUCUUCCAUUCAGAAAUUCCCUAUCUGCAUGAGCUCAUGUUCGAACACGGGGCUCUGCUUCACCUGCCACAAUUCUUCCUCGCCAGUGAAGCAACAUCGCCAGCAUUCUCGGGAAUGGUAUUGCAGUACCUCAUGGAGCGCAUUCACGAGGUUGGAACUUCCGAUAUGACCAAGGCGAAGAUUCUGCUCAGGAUGUUCAAGCUGUCAUUCAUGGCCGUGACCCUGUUCUCCGUUCAAAACGAGCAGGUACUUCACCCCCAUGUCACCAAGAUUGUCACCAAGUGCAUCGAGUUGUCAGUCACGGCCGAGGAGCCUAUGAACUACUUCCUCCUGCUGCGUUCACUGUUCCGUAGUAUCGGCGGUGGACGUUUUGAGCUUCUGUACAAGGAAAUUCUUCCUCUUCUAGAAAUGCUCUUGGAAACGUUCAAUAACUUGCUCCUCGCUGCUCGCAAACCUCAGGUGCGGGAUCUCUACGUCGAGUUGACCUUGACGGUUCCCGCGCGAUUGAGUCAUCUUUUGCCUCAUCUGAGCUACCUCAUGCGACCGAUUGUGGUGGCCCUGCGUGCUGAUUCUGACCUCGUUGGGCAAGGUCUUCGCACCCUCGAACUUUGCGUGGACAACUUGACAGCCGACUAUCUCGACCCGAUCAUGUCUCCUAUCAUGGACGAGCUGAUGACUGCGCUUUGGGAUCAUCUCCGACCUCAUCCUUACAACCAUUUCCACGCCCACACUACCAUGCGCAUCCUCGGCAAGCUUGGUGGCCGCAACCGCAAGUUCUUGAAUCACCCGCCCGAGUUGAGCUUCCAGCAGUACUCCGAUGACAACCCCAGUUUCGACAUCCGACUCAUUGGUCCGAGCGAGAAGCGGCCUUUCCCAGUGGAUAUUGGUAUUGACCUGGCCAUCGGAAAGCUAAUGGAGGUACCAAAGUCUCCCGCAACCAAGACUUCGGAUAUCUACUACAAGCAGCAAGCCUAUCGUAUGCUGAGCUCGCACCUCAAACUCCAUAUUGGAUUUGAGAAUCUUCCCGACGAUCUGGCCUCUCUGAUUCGCCUUCAUGCCAACGAUCUCUUCGAGGGCAAAGCUGGUGCCAUGGUUGACAUCCUCGAGAAGUCUGAGAGAUCAGCAUCGAUCCCGAAGAAGGUGGUGCAGGAAGCCACUGUGAAGAAGCUUCUCAAGGCUUGUAUCUUUGCUACCACUGUCCCCGAACUCGAGCCAGCUGCAUCUGCUUUCGUAGCCGAUGUUUCCAAGCAUUUUGCCAUCGUCGAGGUUGGCCGCGCUCUUGCCCAAGCCCGCCACAACCGUAAGCCUUUCGAUGUCGCCAACGGAGAAGGUCCUGUUUACCUUGACUCUCGGGUCCUGGCCGAAGCUAUCGUUGAGUGUCUCUCGUCUGACAGCGCUCACGUUCGCGAGGCCGCGGAGCAGGCAAUGCUGGUUGUCAAAGAAGCCGCUGGAGUCAUGUUCGGUGCCCCGGAGAAAGGCUCCAAGCUUCCAUUCUUCCAACAUCUGGGCCGCGUCUUUUGCCACAGCUGCCACAGUGAGGAGUGGUUCACAAAGGCCGGUGGAAGCUUCGGCAUCAAGCUUUUGGCUACAAAGAUGGACCUUGGGGACUCAUGGUUGUAUGAGCGACACGUCGAAUUCUCUCGUGCGCUCCUCUACGUCAUCAAAGACACGCCUGCAGAUCUCCCUGCCUCUACGCGGGUACAGUCACAGGAAACUAUGACUUUGAUCCUUCAGCGCUGCGGAAAGCUGAUUCCCAAGGACGAUCUCAAGAACGAGAAGAGCCGUUUGUUCUCCCUGUGCGGCCUCUUCGUGUAUGAGCUUGGCCACAUGAACAAGCAUGUUCGCGAGACAUCAAAGCUCUGCUUUUCUACUCUCAAGGAGGAGCUGGGCUGCGAGGUGCACGAGCUCAUCCAUCCUGUUAGGGAUCGCCUUCUUCAGUCAAUUUUCAACAAGCCUCUGCGUGCUUUGCCAUUUGCCACGCAAAUCGGUUUCAUUGACGCCAUCACCUACUGCUUGAGCCUGCAGAACGAGAUUGUGAGCUUCAAUGAGCCGCUCAAUCGACUGAUGCUGGAGUCCCUUGCGCUUGCCGACGCCGAUGAUGACUCGCUUGCGUCCAAGCCAAAUGAGUUCAAGAACGCCGAUAUGAUUGUGAACUUGCGCGUCGCUUGCUUGCGCCUACUGUCCAUGGCCAUGAAUUUCCCUGACUUUGCCAACACUCCGCAGAACACCAGCCGUGCUCGAAUCAUCUCCGUCUUUUUCAAGUCCCUAUACUCGCGGGCCCCCGAAGUCAUCGAGGCCGCGAACGCUGGACUCAAGGAUGUCCUGACGCAGACCAACAAGCUUCCCAAGGACUUGCUCCAGAAUGGCCUGCGCCCGAUUCUCAUGAAUCUGCAGGAUCCCAAGCGUCUGAGUGUUGCUGGCCUGGAUGGUCUGGCUCGCCUCUUGACGCUCUUGACCAACUAUUUCAAGGUCGAGAUUGGUGCUCGCCUUUUGGAUCACAUGAAGGUCAUUGCCGAUGAUAUGACUUUGCAGAAAGUCUCCUUCAGCCUUGUCGAGCAGAACCCCUCCAUGAAGAUUGUGGCCGCCAUCUUUAAUAUCUUCCAUCUCCUUCCUCCGGCUGCCACGUCGUUCAUGGAGAACCUCAUCGACAAGGUUCUUGACCUUGAGAAGAAAUUGCGGAGAACAUCCCACAGUCCCUUCCGCAAGCCGCUCGUCAAGUAUCUCAACCGCUACCCCAAGGAGAGCUUGGCAUUCUUCCUUGCUCGCUUCAAGGAAGAGAGCUAUGGGCGUUUCUUCGGGCAGAUUUUGGCUGAUCCCGAGAGUGACGCUCUUCGCAAUGCGGUUGUGGCCGAUACUGAGAACUUUACCUCAACCGCAUUUGGGCUGGAUGCCACGGACGAGAAGAGGAACACUGCUGCGAUCAAUGGCAUUUACAUCGCACACUCCAUUUGCUCAUACAGUUCCACUAAGCGUUGGCUGGUUUCCCACGCGGAUCUGCGAAGCAAGCUCCUGUCCUCUGGGCGAGAGCUAGAGCGCAAGUUGCGAAGCGAUAGCUUGCCUCCUGAUGAGCGCCUUCGCGUCGAGCAGGCCGAGGACCAGUUGAUGGAUAUCUUCACCGUGUAUCUGACGGAAGCUUCUCAUGAUCUCGAUUUCCUCUUUGAAGUCAUCGAUGGAUUGUCUGCCGACGAGUUCAAGCGUACGCUGGCACUUCCCAAGUUCAUUUAUAGCCAUAUCAUCGUCAACGAAUCGAUUGACUACCGUCGAUCGGUCAUCAUGCGCUGUCUCGACCUGUACGGCCAGCGAGCCUGCUCUCAGAAGACCAAGACCUAUGCCUUCAGACACCUGGUCAACCCAAUUUUUGCUAUGGAUGUUCAGACCACAUGGAACAGCCCCGCCAACACCCCGAAGCUCAUGGAUAAGAGUAUGACCGAGUCUAUCCAGAGCCGUCUGUGGAAACCCCAGCUGGCUGAUUUGAGCGAGGAGUCGAGCCAAGCUGGAGUCGAUCAUUCCCGCAUGGAGCUGCUGCAGUUGUCAGCUCUGCUGAUCAAGUACCAUCAUCAGACGGUGCAGGACUCUCGAAAGGAUAUCAUCAAGUUCGCCUGGAAUUACAUCCGUCUCGAAGAUAUCAUCAACAAGUAUGGUGCCUAUGUGCUAAUCAGUUACUUCAUCGCCCAUUACGAGACGCCUUUCAAGAUUGUGAUCCAGGUCUAUGUCGCCUUGUUACGAGCGCAUCAGAACGAAGGCCGAGCUCUCGUCACGCAGGCUCUUGAUGUCUUGGCCCCGGUUCUACCAACGCGGACUGCUGGUAACCAAGGCCCCGAGGCAAGAUACCCGCUGUGGGCUAAGUGGCCGAGGCGUAUCCUAGCUGAGGAGACUGCCAACCUGCAGCAGGUGAUGAGCAUUUUCCAGUUCCUAGUGCGUAAGCCGGAUCUUUUCUACGAAUCGCGGGAACACUUUGUGCCUCUCAUUGUUCCUUCACUGAUCAAGAUCGCUGGACCACCAAACACGUCUAAUGAUAGCAAGAAACUUGCUCUCAACUUGAUUGGCCUGAUCUGGCACUGGGAAGAGAAACGUGUGCAGGCGAUUACAACAAGCCCCACCGUGCCAAAUGGAGCUCUCGAAUCGCCAAACGCGAAGAAGCGCAAGCUCGAGGAAACACAUGAGACGGCCUCCGCAUCUCCCUCACUUGGACCUCCACCUAGCCGAGAACGGUCUGAAUACACGGUGCCUCCUGAACUACGUGCUGCUCUGAUCAAGUAUCUCAUUACAUUCAUCACCACCAUUCCUGAGCGCUUUGUGGUUCCAGCUGCUCGAAUUCGCCAUGUGCCCACCAAUAAGCAACCACCUCCACAGCCAGUCCCAAUUGGUGAGAUGGUCAACAAGGCCGUUAGUCUUCUUCGGAACUUGCUUUCGAAGGAGUACUGGGGAGACCUGGAUAUCGAUCUCUACCAAAAGGUGACAGAGCCUAUCCUGGCUGGCGAGAAAGCAGACAAACCCGACGAGAAGCAGAUCACUCCUAUGGUCAACACCCUGCAGGUCUUGCGUGUCCUGAUCGCGUCCAAGCCCGAUGAGUGGAUCACAGCUCGCCUUGCAACCAUCCAGAAGCUUCUUGAGAAGCCUCUCAAGUCUGACAACCCGGAGAUUCAAGAUUGUUUGCACGGCUUGGAAGACGAUUUAGAUGUCUCUCCCAAGUUGCCACCUCCCGUCCGCCGUGUCCUCGAGGCUAUUCCAGAUGAUCAACCUGACGAUGAAGAUGCUAUGGAUACCGAAAGCACCCCGUCAGAGUUUGCUACAUACUUGUCUGCCAUUGCCACCGAGACGCUGUCCGCUAGCAACUACACUGCUGCCUUGAACACCCUGUGGACUCUCUCUAAGCUCAAGCCUGCCGAGAUCGACACGCACAUUCCAGCUGUUAUGAAGGCUUUCUCGCAGAAGCUUGCCAAGGAGCACGUUGCGGCCUCUACCCCCCAGAACGGCCAGCAGCCUCAGCAGGGUCAGAAACCAGCCGAAGGAGUUCCUGACAUGCAAGAAAUCGAAUUGGGUGUCGACCUCAUUUUCAAGACCAUUGAGCUCAUCUCAGUUAGGAUGUCUCAUCUCGGUGACCAGCGUCGACCGUUCCUCAGCGUGCUUGCUUCAAUCGUUGAGCGAUCCCAGAAUAACAAGCUGUGCAGCAAAGUCUUGGGUAUGGCCGAGGAGUGGAUCUUCCACUCAACCGAGUCAUGGCCAACCCUCAAAGAGAAGACGGCGGUGUUGCACAAGAUGUUGCUCUUCGAGUCUCGUCCGGAUCAGGUUAUGCUGAAGAAGUUCCUCGAUCUCGUUAUUCGCAUCUACGAGGACUCCAAGAUCACACGGACCGAGUUGACUGUCAGGCUUGAGCAUGCUUUCUUGAUCGGUACUCGGGCUCAAGACGUGGAGAUGCGGAACCGAUUCAUGAGCAUCUUCGAUAAGAGUUUGACUCGUCUCGCCAGCUCCCGGUUGAGCUAUGUGCUGACUUGCCAAAACUGGGAUACCCUCGCUGAUUCCUUCUGGCUGGCACAAGCCUCCCACUUGAUUCUUGGCUGUGUCGAUAUGAACACCACGGCUCGAUUGCACCAAGAUGAUUUCACGGUGUAUCCCCUGUCGUUCCUCUUCGCUGGUGGUGAAACGGACGCCAGGAAAGCCGACAUUAUGGUGGAGAGUCAGCUGGAGAAUUUCGUUGCUGACCGCAGGCGAUUCAUGUCCGACAUUGGCGACGUUCGGGUUCGUGACUUGAUUGAGCCUCUUUCUCAGCUCCAGCAUACCGACUCGCAGGUGGCUUACAAGCUGUGGACCACUUUGUUCCCUAUUUACUUGUCCACCCUGACCAAGGAGGAUCGCAUCGAUCUUGAAAAGGGCAUGGUCACUCUGCUUACCCGAGAGUACCACCAGCGACAAUUGGACAAGCGACCCAACGUUGUCCAAGCCCUUCUCGAAGGUGUUGUGCGUGCCAGCCCACGCUUCAAGGUUCCACCGCAUGUCAUGAAGUACCUCAGUCGAACAUAUGAUGCGUGGUAUACCGCUGCGACUUACCUGGAGGAAAGCGCCAUCAAGCCGAUCAUUGAUACUCCUACUGUUCGCGAGAGCAACCUGGAUGCCCUAGUUGAAGUCUAUGCUGGUCUUCAAGAAGAUGACUUCUUCUAUGGUACUUGGCGCCGCCGCUGCAAGUUUGUCGAAACCAAUGCAGCCCUUUCCUACGAGCAACAAGGCAUGUGGGACAAAUCUCAGCAGCUCUACGAGAACGCGCAAAUCAAGGCACGCUCCGGGGCAAUGCCCUUCUCGCAGGGGGAAUACUUCGUGUGGGAAGAUCACUGGCUGAUCUGCGCCCAGAAGCUUCAACAGUGGGAGAUUUUGAGUGAUUUCGCUAAGCACGAGAACUUAAAUGAUCUUCUGCUCGAGGCUGCCUGGAGGAACAUUGAAAACUGGCAGAGUGAAGGUACUCGUGAGCAACUCGAGUCCUUGAUCAAGUCCGUUUCCGAUGCUCCCACUCCACGACGCACCUUCUUCCAGGCAUUCAUGGCUCUUCUUCAGUACCACAUGAAGAAGGAGAACAUGCAAGACUUCAACAGCGUCUGCGAUGAGUCCAUUCAACUGUCAAUUCGCAAGUGGCUGCAACUGCCGAAGCGCAUCACCAAUGCCCAUAUCCCCAUUUUGCAACACUUCCAACUGCUGGUUGAGUUGCAUGAUGCCAGCCACAUUUGCGGUAGCCUGGCUCAGACCAACGAGCGGAAUCUGGACACCAAGUCCGCGGAGUUGAAGCUCCUUCUUGGAACCUGGCGGGACCGGUUGCCAAACCUGUGGGACGACAUCAACGCCUGGCAGGACCUUGUCACCUGGCGACAGCAUAUCUUCCAGCUUAUCAACCAGACGUACCUUAGUCUUCUUCCACCGCAGACUAACAAUGUGGCCAGCAACUCCUAUGCCUAUCGCGGAUACCACGAGACGGCUUGGAUUAUCAACCGUUUUGCCCAUGUCGCUCGGAAGCAUCAAAUGCCCGAAGUCUGCAUCAACCAGCUCAGCCGGAUUUACACACUGCCCAACAUUGAGAUCCAGGAAGCGUUCCUCAAGCUUCGGGAGCAGGCCAAGUGCCACUACCAGAACCCCAAGGAACUGAACAGUGGGCUGGAUGUGAUCAAUAACACCAACCUCAACUACUUUGGACCCCAGCAGAAGGCCGAGUUCUACACUCUCAAGGGCAUGUUCCUUGCUAAGCUCGACCACGUCAAUGAUGCCAACGAGGCUUUCGGAGUUGCUCUUUACUACGACCUCCGACUCGCAAAGGCCUGGUCUGAAUGGGGACAGUACAGCGAUCAACGGUUCAAGUCGGACCCGUCAGACUAUGAGUUGGCCAGCAACGCCGUCAGCUGUUAUUUGGAAGCGGCCGGUCUGUACAAGAGUGCCAAAUCGCGCAAGUUGCUCAGCCGUAUCCUUUGGCUUCUCAGCCUGGACAACGAUGAAGGACAGAUCGCCGGCGCCUUUGAAAACUUUAAGGGAGACACUCCAGUGUGGUAUUGGAUUACCUUCAUCCCUCAACUUCUUACCAGUCUGUCUCAUCGUGAGGCUCGUCUCUGCAAGGCUGUGCUGGUGAAGAUUGCCAAGCUCUACCCACAGGCCCUCUUCUUCCUCCUUCGCACGAAUCGGGAAGACAUGCUGAGCAUCAAGAAGCAGCAUGAUCAGAAGCAAGAGAAGCUGAACAAGGUCAGACAGGCCCAGCAGGGGGGAUCUUCGCCAAGCACCAAGCCACCCACGAGUGGUGACACAUCAUCCCCUGCCCAGAAGGCCCCAGCUAGUGCACCAGCCCCGAGUGCCUCUCCCGCCGGUCAGGCAGCGAACUUGCCGACAGCUCAAUCUCCGGCUCAAGCUGCACAAGGCCAGUCUCCCGCUCAGCCACCGAACGCGCAGGUCCAGGCCUCACCGCGCCAGGGCCAAGGUCAAAGUCCCAUCCCAGGCCAGCCGCAAGCCCAGGGUCAGCAGGCGCAAGGCCAUCUCCAAGUACCUGGACAGACUGGGCCUCUGCCGCCAAAUCAAGGUGCCGCUUCUGGGGAGUCUACCGAAAAGGAGCCCCUCCGAAAGCCAUGGGAGUACUCAGACGAGAUCAUGUCUGGCCUGAAGACUGCGUUCCCGCUGCUCGCUCUGUCUAUGGAAACAAUGGUCGACCAGAUCCACAAGAACUUCAAGUGCCCGCCCGACGAGGAUGCUUAUCGUCUCAUCGUCGCGCUUCUGAACGAUGGACUUGCCUACGUGGGUCGUAUGCCUGGAUCGUAUGCACAGGAUUUCAAGCUUCCGCCUGCCACCGAAGCCAAUAUUACCCGGUUUGCAGAGACUAUCCUUCCCGCGCACAUUCGCAAGUCCUUCGAGGCCGACUUUGUGGUCAAGAAGCCAACGAUGCACGAGUACAUCCAAAAGCUGCGCCGCUGGCGUGACAAGUUUGAGGAGAAGCUUGACCGUCGUCCUCAGUCUGGGUUCCUUGAGAGCUACUCGCCGCAUCUUAGCGAGUUCCGCUUCCUCAAGUUUGAUGAAGUUGAAGUUCCCGGACAAUACCUCCUGCAUAAAGACAAGAACCAGGACUUUGUUCGCAUCGAUCGUUUCCUACCCGACGUGGACCUCGUACGGGGUAUUGGCGUCUGUCAUCGCCGCUUGAAGAUUCGUGGUCACGACGGUAGCAUCCAAGCCUUUGCUGUUCAGCACCCUGCUGCACGCCACUGCCGCCGUGAAGAACGCAUUCUUCAGCUGUUCCGUAUCUUCAACGGCCUGCUAGCCAAGCGCAAGGAAAGCCGGCGCCGCAAUCUGUACUUCCAUCUCCCUCUGAUGGUACCAUUGGCACCGCACAUCCGUUUGGUCCGGGAUGACUCCUCGUAUAUCUCCAUGCAGGGCAUCUAUGAGGACUACUGCCGACGUGUUGGUAUGAACAAGGAUGAGCCGGUGCUUUUCACCAUGGAUCGUAUGCGGUCUCUGGCAGAGACAAAGCAGAAUCGCACGGCCGAUCAACAGCAGGUUCUUCGUACCGAGAUCUUGACCGCAAUUCAAGACAAAUGGGUUCCCAGCACUGUGGUAUUGGAGUACUUCCAGAACACCUAUCCCAAUUUCGCAGACUUCUGGCUGUUCCGACGCCAAUUCGCCUACCAGUACGCCGCGGUGGCCUUCAUGACCUACGUUAUGCACAUUGGCAACCGGUACCCGAACAAGAUUUUGGUGUCGCGCUCGACAGGCGAUAUCUGGGGUGCAGAGUUGAUUCCGACCAUCAACCCUGCCAAGGCAAUCUUCUACAACCCCGAGCAGGUGCCGUUCCGAUUUACUCCCAACAUCCAGACACUGCUCGGUCCCAUUGCCACUGAGGGUCUGUUUGCUUGUGCCAUGAUGGCUAUUGCCCGCUGCUUGACAGAGCCUCGACACGAGCUCGAGCAGCAGCUGAGUGUCUUUGUGCGUGACGAGAUGAUGUUCUGGGCCACUGCCCAACAUCGUGGCAACUUAGCUGUGCCGCAACUGCGCGAGCUGGUCUACAACAACAGCGAAAUCAUCGUUAACCGCGCUGUCAGCCUUGCCAGUCCACCUGAGGGCAAUCUACCCGCGAACCAAACUACAAUUGACUUGGUCUCUCGGGCCGUGAACCCGCAGCACUUGGCCUCGUGUGAUGCGUUGUGGAUGCCGUACCUCUAAGCGGCUACGUUUCUGCUUUGAGACCGUUUCUGUUUCUCUUGGCCUUGAUAGGGAAGGAAAGGGAAGGGCAUUAUUUAUUUGCAUAGCUAAAUGGGUAUUCAUUGGGUGGAUUGCUUCCAUGGGUGUGUUGUGUUUUUGAGCGUGGCGCUUGGGUCGAGGAGAAUGAUUGUUCUCUCCUUUUUUUUCUUUUACUUAUGAUAUUCGAUACCUUUCUUCCUGUAUGAUUUUACUGCUCUGUUUCCUUAACCUCGAAAAUUAGCUUUUAAUUUACAA